UCCUCCCCUCCCUCCUCAGUGGUCUGAGUUACGCAGCAGCCGCCGCCGACAGCGCUUGGCAGGAGGAGUUCGCCCGAGCGCUCCCUGAGCAUCUCCCGAGGCGCGGCGGCAGCGCCUGCCCGGUUCACCGUGGGGAGCCCGCCCGGCACCGAGGGGACCAGAAGCAGCGAAGGGCCAAGAGCCGACCAGCAGAAAAACACCUACAAUAACACGAAAACGACUGCUAAUAAAAGAGCAGUGGGCAGGAGAAGGAGGUCGCGAGGGGGAAGCGGGGGGCGAGGAGAAGGCGCGCCUGGAAGGAGGCGCCCCUCGUUCCCCCGUUCCCGGGGCGGCAGCACGUGGUGGCGGCGGGGCAUGGGCGCCGCGGGGGCUCCCGCAGACUGAGUCCCCCCCGCCGCCGGCACUAUGGCAGCCGCCGGCGAGCUCGACGUGGCGGCGGUGGAAAGUUUCCUAGAGAGGCACCCGGAGCUGGUGGAGAAGUGGCUGAAGAGGAAGAACUCGCCCCCUGACGCCCCUGCCGUCCCGCCGGAGGAGCGGCGGAGCGGCGGCGGCUGGGGCGGCCCCGGCGGCGGGGGGCUGCAGCGGAGAGCGUCCCAGAAGGAGCUGCGGAAGAGCUUCGCCCGCUCCAAGGCCAUCCACGUCAACCUCACCUACGACGAGCACGUGCACGCCCGGGCGCAGGAGCCGCUGAGCAGCGUGCGGCGGCGGGCGCUGCUGCGCAAAGCCAGCUCCUUGCCCCCCACCACCGCGCACAUCCUCAGCGCGCUGCUCGAGUCCCGCGUCAGCCUGCCCCGCUACCCCCCCACCGCCCUCGACUACAAGCGCUACCUCAGGGAGCACAACGAGCGACAGUUCUUCCUCGAGCUGGUGAAGGACAUCUCCAACGACUUGGACCUCACCAGCCUCAGCUACAAGAUCCUCGUCUUCGUCUGCCUGAUGGUGGACGCCGACCGGGGCUCCCUCUUCCUCGUGGAGGGGGCGGCCGCGGGCAAGAAGAGCCUGGUCUCCAAGUUCUUCGACGUGCACGCCGGCACCCCCCUGCUGCCCUGCGGCUCCACCGAGAACAGCGACGAGGUGCAGGUUCCCUGGGGCAAGGGCAUCAUCGGCUACGUGGCGGAGCACGGAGAGACGGUCAACAUCCCCGACGCCUACCAGGAUCGCCGCUUUAAUGAUGAGAUUGACAAACUGACUGGAUACAAGACAAAGUCACUCUUGUGCAUGCCCAUAAGAAACAGUGACGGAGAAAUUAUUGGUGUUGCCCAAGCAAUAAAUAAGACUCCUGGAGGUGCCCCUUUUUCUGAUGAUGAUGAAAAAGUGAUGCAGAUGUAUCUCCCAUUCUGUGGGAUUGCCAUAUCCAAUGCUCAACUAUUUGCAGCUUCAAGGAAGGAGUAUGACAGAAGCAGGGCUUUACUGGAGGUAGUGAAUGACCUCUUUGAGGAACAGACUGACUUAGAGAAAAUUGUCAAGAAAAUCAUGCAUCGGGCCCAAACUCUGCUGAAAUGUGAACGGUGCUCAGUAUUACUUCUGGAAGAUAUCGAAUCACCAGUGGUGAAAUUUACAAAAUCCUUUGAGCUGUUAUCUCCAAAAUGCAGUGCUGAUACAGACAACAGUUUCAAAGACAGCAUGGAGAAAUCAUCAUCUUAUUCGGACUGGCUAAUAAAUAAUAGCAUUGCAGAACUCGUAGCUUCCACGGGUCUCCCAGUGAAUAUCAGUGAUGCCUACCAGGAUCCUCGCUUUGAUGCUGAAGUAAGAGAGUUUAGAAAUGCUGACCAGAUUUCUGGCUUUCACAUAAGGUCUGUUCUGUGUGUUCCUAUAUGGAAUAGCAACCACCAAAUAAUUGGGGUAGCUCAAGUGUUGAACAGGCUUGAUGGGAAACCCUUUGACGACGCUGAUCAGCGACUGUUUGAAGCUUUUGUUAUUUUUUGUGGCCUGGGCAUCAACAACACAAUUAUGUAUGACCAAGUGAAGAAAUCCUGGGCAAAACAGUCGGUGGCUCUUGACGUGUUAUCUUAUCAUGCAACAUGUUCGAAGGCAGAAGUUGAUAAAUUUAAGGCAGCAAACAUCCCUCUGGUGUCAGAGCUUGGCAUUGAUGAUAUCCAUUUUGAUGACUUCUCCCUUGAUAUGGAUGCCAUGAUUACUGCAGCUCUACGGAUGUUCAUGGAGCUUGGAAUGGUUCAGAAAUUUAAAAUUGACUAUGAGACUCUGUGUAGGUGGCUUUUGACAGUUAGGAAGAAUUAUCGAAUGGUUUUGUAUCACAACUGGAGGCAUGCUUUCAACGUCUGCCAGUUAAUGUUUGCCAUGUUAACUACUGCAGGAUUUCAGGAGAUUCUGACUGAAAUUGAAAUUUUAGCUUUGAUUGUGGGAUGCUUAUGUCAUGACCUUGACCACAGGGGAACCAACAAUGCCUUCCAAGCCAAGAGUGGAUCAGCCUUAGCUCAGCUCUAUGGCACCUCUGCUACCUUGGAGCACCACCACUUCAAUCAUGCUGUCAUGAUUCUCCAAAGUGAGGGUCACAACAUCUUCGCUAACUUGUCCUCUAAGGACUACAGUGACCUUAUGCAGCUUCUAAAGCAAUCGAUAUUGGCAACAGACCUCACUCUGUAUUUUGAGAGAAGGACCGAGUUUUUUGAACUUGUCGGUAAAGGUGGUUAUGAUUGGAAUAUAAAAAAGCACCGAGAAAUAUUUCGAUCAAUGCUAAUGACAGCCUGUGACCUUGGAGCUGUGACCAAACCGUGGGAGAUUUCAAGACAGGCAACUGAGCUGGUAACCAGCGAGUUCUUUGAACAAGGAGACAGAGAAAGAUCUGAACUCAAACUCACCCCUUCAGCCAUUUUUGAUCGGAACAGGAAAGAUGAACUACCCAGGUUGCAGCUUGAGUGGAUUGAUAGCAUCUGCAUGCCAUUAUAUGAGUGUCUAGUGAAGCUGAAUGUGAAACUGAAGCCUAUGCUGGACUCCGUGGCUGUAAAUAGAGGUAAAUGGGAGGAGCUGCACCAAAAAAGACUUCCUUCUCAGGCAGCAUCCUCAUCCUUCUUUUCCUCUAGCUUUACCACAUCUCUCAAAGACAUAAACUAAGCCUGCAAAUAUCAGUGCUGCUUUAUGAUAAGAGCUGUCCAAAAGGUUUUCCUAAGCUUAGGCUCACCAUUUUAUUAAGAAAUGCUUUCACAGACAUGGUUAAUUGACUGGAUAUUAUCUUGAUAGCAGAAUAGUUUGCUUUUACUGGGAGGCUUAGUGGAACUGAAACGAAGGCCUGUGGUGAGAUUGCGCUGGUAUCUGGAGCGAUGCGGAAGACAGCACAAGAAGCAUUCAUUCAGCUCCACUACAUUUCAACAGCUGCUGUAAAAAUCUGGAAAGCUGACAACAGACUGAAAUAUAAGAACUUACAGCUUAAUAAAAUUAAUAAUACAGAGCAGAACUGGGAUGCAAGCUGGUCAAUUCAUAUGUAAGGAGCUGCAGGAAAACAGAAUAGUGUGUAAUUACAUUGUUGUUUUGCAUCUCUUCAGUACAUGUUAUGAAUCAAUUAUGCCUGCUUUUGUGAUGUUCCUCUCUAACUCUUCCCUCCUCUUUUAUGCUGGAAUGUUCUGAAAAGCCUGCUUUGUAUUCUAAAGAAGUAUUUUUUUACAACAAAGCUUCUUGGUGAUUGAUCAGGGCCUUUAGAAUUGCCUACCUUUGCUACAUUUAAAAACAAACUUUAUUAUCUUUAAAAACACCAACCUGUCCCUGCUUCCCUGAGAAAUUGAUAUUAACAGCGCAGUAAAUUUCUCAGCAAGAGGAAGUUUGCAUAAAGACAAAUAUUGCAUGGUAAUUUUAUAGUUUUGGAAUUUUUUUUCUUUCUUUAAAAAAAUGCUCCUUUAACGCAUUCAUUUUUUUUUUAAUUACAGUGUCCCCUAGGGAAAAGAUCAGUGGGCUUUAAUGAAAAUAGAGUACAAAUAAAAAAGGAAAUCUGUUGCCUUGUGCUUCAGGUUUAUAUUACAUUGAAAAGUGGACCACAGAUAAGUCUUCCUAGUAUAAUUUCCAUUUUGAAAUAGCGGAGAGGAAGAAUCUCAUCAUACUGGGCUGACUACCUCUUAGUUCUCGCAGUUCUUUCAGUAGAAUUUGAGAUGCUGUUGUUACAGCUAGCACAGCACUAGUCGAGGCUCACAUAUAGACAUCUGUGGUAGAAGUGUUCAUAAAAAUAUAAUCAAACACGAUGGGUCACAAACCCAAACACGUCUAGUUCUGUGUGAUGAGGCUAGGAUUACCAAAAGGUGGUCUCUUUCCAUUAGUGCAAAGAUCACUAGUGUAGCAGAACUGUAAUCUAUGAUUUGAGGAUGCUUUCUCUGCUGCAUGACCGGACACCAGAGGAGUCAGUCACAGUGCUUAUGAGUGCCCAUUCACAAGGGAAAAAUCCUUUGCACUCCAUGAAAAAUGGGAUUCUAAAUAUAGGAUUGUCUGGCAGCAGAAAUUAAAGCUGAAUUCAGCUGAGUUUUACACCUGUGCCACACUCCAUUUACUUCAGUGGAAUUACCUUCAACUGGCAUCAUCUUAAUGGAAAUCAGAGCCUGGCCCAGCUGACCAGAUGCUAAAAAGAGCUUUCCUUCUUUCUAAGGAAAGGGAGUCCUUAGCGCCUUUGAAAAGCUGACUACAUCUGUCUGACAAUCAAACAGAAACAACAAAUCUGCUGAUCACUUCUUCAAAAAACACACAACAAUACAGAACCUGUCUGUGCUACUAAUCCUCUGUAGAAUAGCUGGAAAUAUGAUUAGCUUUGCAAGCCAAUCUGUUAGUGUGCAACUGAACCACGUAACUUUCUCUAACAGAAAGAAGUAGGGAAGGAACAGAAAUGCAGGCUGCACAGCACUGAAUACACGUACCAAAUGGAAAUGUUUCUGCUAUUACUUUACCACUUCUUUCUUCCCUGAAAAGAGGCAGAUGCAGGAUGGUAAGCAGUAAGCCAUACAAAACCUUAGCAAGAUGUACUUAAUGGGAGAAGCAGAUACUAGGAACUGACACAGUCCUGUUGGUGGGUAGACAUAGCUUUCCCAAAUUUUGAUUUUGCAUAUUACUAAGUAUAACAUAAUUUAUAGCGCAUACCCUACAGCUCCCCCCAAGGUUGAGUCUCCCCUCAUUUCCUCGCCUUUUUAUUGGCUUCAGUGCACUGUUGCCCAUGGCAACACCCACCGGCAGGGAUAGGGAUUCAGCACCGCUGCAACCUGACACACAGCUGAAGCUCUAACAAUGUCAACCAUCAAUCAAGUGACUCCUUGUAAUUGCCUCCAUCUAUUUCUCCUGUCUUUUGGUAUCUUUGCUAUUGUGGGUCAAAAUUCAGAAACUGCUGACUAAUGUUAUGGUUCUGUUCCUCCAUCACAAGGAAGAAAAUGAGAGAGCACGACGUGAUCUUUAUCAAAUUGUUCUCAGGCAAAAUGAAGCAGCCCUGCUGAAACCAGAGGGGCACAGUUGUGCAUCUCAGAACAGCAUUUGGUCUCUGAAAGUGAUAUAGCUUCAGCUUAAAAAAAAACAUAACAACAAAAUGAAACAACAACAAAAGAAAGAGAACACAAAAAAAAAAACAACCCACCUUGUAUUUUUGAGAGAAAAAGAAGAUUCUUUGUGGAAACAUGCAGUAGAGUGAAGAAACAUAUUCCAAUUUUCUCGUCUUUUAAGAUAAGAAAACGCUUAAUAGCUAGUGCUUACAAGCUUGAUAGACAGAAAUUGUAUCCACUUUUCAUUAUUUUUGAUAGGGAAACAUUGUCCCAGUACUUCAGUCAGUUUUGCCAAGCUCUUCUGAGAUGUGUACAGGAGAGAUGAUUUAGGCUUUCCUACUUCACUUCUAGGAGAUGUACAUAGAAGACAGGCUUUGGUGGAAGAGCUCAGAGGGAGCUCAUCUGUUCAUCUUCCUGGAUUAAAGUCCUCCCCUGCAACACAACACUGUGACCCCACCAGAAAACCAAACACUAUUCAAGUCAAGGAGCACCUGAGGUAGAGGCUCUCCUGCAGUCAAACAGAAGGGUUUCCCACCUCCCAAGAAAGAGAUACUCAUGAGGUGUCUUUGGCCAUAGUUCGAUUAGUGAAAUCAGACAAUUUCCCCUCAAAGCGCUCAAUCAUUUUGCCUUUCUCCCAGCCUAGGACCUACAGGCAAAACAGAACAGCUUUAUAAUGUGAUCAAGAUGCAUUUUUGCUCCUGCUCCAAAGCAGAAUUGCACUUAAAAGAUGAGGCAGCAGUAGCACACAGGUAUUUAAAGUGGAUGCCUCAUAUGGCAAUUGGACAUGGAACUCCCCAUGUGGCUCUGUCACAGCCAGCUCCUAUGCUCUGCAGGGCUAGGGAUCUUCCUGGGAAGGUCAUUAGUACACUUGGUGUCCUGCAGAAAAUAGCCAUAGAGUAGCCGAGAAUGUAUCAUUUUAGCUCAGGUAUUCCUUCAAGACAGUGUCCUUGGUACAGCAGCCAGACUUUUCUGGACUACUGACCUCGCUAAUUGCUCCUUCUUAGAGCACACUGCAGUCUCAUAAUGAGCCCGUAGUUAUCAACAAAGCCAGUACAAGUACUCACAAACUAUUUUUGAAAACUGCAACCAGCAGUGCCUAAUGUCUUUUGUAAUAUUUAGACAAAUUAAUCCUAGUGGAAAAAUAGGAGUGGUUCAGUCUACAGGCCAAAUAUUUAUUUUUCCCUUUGUAAAAUUAAAACAACUUCGUUUGCUAACAGAACAUUAAUGCAUUCAGUGAAAUUUUAGAGCAGGUUUGUUUCAAGGUUAUGUAAAACUUAUUAACUGACACUUCUGAUGCUUAGAGUGUUCUAGGCAAGAAAAUGUACGAGCAAGCCUUUUUUUUUAAUUGGCUUUGUCCAAGAAACAGAGGAUUUUAAAGAGUAGAAGUAAUGUGAAUUGUUUCUAACAUAACAGUGAAAUGGGAGGUAUAAAUCAGCCGAAAGGAGAGACUCCAGAAAUAUCUAUCACUUUAAUGUGCCAGUAUUGGAAUACAUGCUGUAUAGUGCUGAUUAGCUUUUCUUUCUUGGAUUAUGAAGUAUUUAAUUACCAAUUUAGAAGCAUAUUGGCCACUGCAUCUUACAGUUGUGUGGGAAAUAUCACUCUAAGUUUUGAAUGUUUGGCUAUGAGAAACAACUGACACAUUCACAGAAAUACUGUGUGUGCAUUCUGAUGGAAAUGAAUCCGAUAAACUUUCAAAAAUGUGCAACUUAAGACUUCUGCAUCCUUUUCCUUUUUGCAUUUUAAAACCAUUACCUUCACGUUUUGCUCUACUAGAUCAAACCAGGUUGAUGCUUUUUAAAGCAUGUAUUUGAAAUGAACAACUUGCGUUUAUUGGUCUCUAAAAACAAUUAAAUAAUUCUAACGGUUUGUUGUGACUUUUUAUUAUUAUAUUUGAAAACACCUUGUGGGGAUGAACCCAGACUGUAUCAGGAAAAAUUUCUUCACUGAAGGGGUUCUCUGCACUGGAACACGCUGCCCAGCAAAGUGGUUGAGUCAUCAUCCCUGGAGGUAUUUAAAAGAUGGGUAGAUAGUUUAAUAAUGGACAGGUACAGUUGGACUUGAUCUCAAUGGUCUUUCCCAACUAAAUGAUUCUGUGAUCUACUGGCUACUGGAUCACACAAAUAGAGGACUGGUGAAAACACAUGCAGUUGAGCAGCUCAAAGAGAGUUUUUGAAACAUGACCUUGUGGUACUCACACCUGAGUUCUCUGGAUACGCUUGGUGUUAGACUGGAACAACCAGAAACCCAGUCUGGCUAGUGACCCCAGCAGGGGUGCUUACCUACAGACACUGACUGCAGUGAUGUGGUGGUACCGCAUGCACCACUAUUCAGUAGAGAUGAACAGCUGGGAGGAUCACUCCAAGGAACAAUUGUAUUGUUAAAUAGUUUCAGAAAAGCUGGCAUUUCCUCUACUUUUUUAAAGCUGCAGGAGAGCUGGCAGACUAUGCC